AUGGAAACAACUGCCGAAGUACAACCUCUACUAGAAUUACAUCCAUACACGGUAAAAGAAGAAGAAGAAGAAGAGGAAAAAGUCAAACAACCACAAGCACAAGAACAACAACAAUCAUCAUCAUCAACAACACGACGACGGCGGGCUGCUGGUAUAGUAACACUGCAAUGUCCAUAUUGUCCCCGCACCAUCACAGGGGAUCCAAGUAAGAGUAUUCGCACAAAUUACAAUCGUCAUCUUCUCACACACACAAAGGAACGGCCAUACAAGUGUGAGUUUUGUCUCGCAGACUUCACAACGAGUACAAACAGACGACGGCACAUUAUCCGUCUUCAUCCAGACAUGGCAGCAUUAUUACCUAAUCCGCCUCGUAAGAAAGAGAUGGAGAAUGAGAAUACAGAGAAGGACGCGUCAAACCUCCAAGAAACAAAUACUCCUAUGAAUAGUAAUAGUAAUACCGUAUUAAUAUGUCGUUUCUGUGCGAAGGACUUUACAUGCAAAGGAUCACGCACAUUGCAUGAACGGCACUGCCCAUCAAGACCACAACCCGCACGAAUUAUACCCGCAAAGUCCACACAUACUAACAAUACUAUUAUUAAUACUAAUACUAAUACUAUUAAUACCAGUAUGGAUAGUAACGAGAAGAAAGAGGAAGAGGAAGAAGAAGAAGUACAAGAACCAAACAUUCUUAUUCCCUCUGCCCCUGGUGAUACCUUUGUGCUGUGCCCCAACUGCGAACAGGAACUCUCCGGCCGUGCCCAACUGCGGCGGCAUUUACGAUGUUUCUGCCCAUUCCGCGAGGAUGCCUUCGCGUCUCCAGAGCGGGAGGAGCGGCGAGAGUUGAGUUUAGAGAGAGUUGGGGCCCCACGCACAUGCACGCGGCGGAGUCGUCGGAUUCUCUCACGGCGACGGGCGGGAUCAGAUGGGCAUCGACGUGUACACAUGCGGCGAGAAGGCCAUGAAGAGAGAUGGAAUAGAGAGUAUACGUCUACUAAUACUACUACUACUACUACUAAUGAUAAUAAUAAUAAUAACGAUAGUAUCCAUACUAAUACUAGAACAACAACAACAACAGGAGAUGGAUGGGGUAAGAAACAACAACAACAAGAAGAAGAAGGAGAAAAGAGUACACUUCGUAGUGGUGAGAUAUUCCUUUCAGCACCACCGCUACUUGGAGAAAGGCCCAUGGCUUCUUCUUCUCCCUGCGGUAUUGGCAAAUGGAGUCUCACUACUAUUACUACUAGUACCAAUAGUACGACUGUUAUUUGUCCAUAUGAUGAUUGUAUGUCAACUUUUUCAUCACGUACACGUUGGUUGGCUCACGUUGCACGUCGUCAUCCUAAAGAACUCCAACAGGCGACUAGAGUCUCUUCUACAUCUGCAGUGAUGACUGCUUGUGCGAAACAAACCCUUUAA